AUGCUUCCCUGGACCGGGUCGCCUCUGAGCUUUAUCGACACGCCGGGCUCGGGAGCUUACGUGCGAGAAGACGGUCGAGUUUUGCGAGAAGACGUGUGGCGCCUACGACACCAGAACUGGCGCGCCGAACCAGACGGGCUCGUGUUUCGGAACUUUCCCCUCUGCCCCUGGCCACCCUUUGGAUCGAUUCACGUCAACGAGCUCGAGCUCGCGGUGCGGUCGUCCACGGCUUGCGAAAGACACCGCCGGGUGUACGUAAGAUGGACAUGGCGGUUCGGGGACAAAACGGUCACGGAGGAGACUCAAAAACAGCAGAAAAAACACCACACUACCGCGUCGGACAGCCAAGGUCCGGACUCGCCUCCCCGGAAGCCUACCGACGACCUACGUGAUACGCUGGAGUACUUUGGAAGCAGCGAAGCGUCUAAAAGUGCUGUACGAGACAUAUUUAGAUGGUCUAUGGACGAGCUCGAGCCCUCCGGAAAGGAGGUGUAUUCCCAUGGUUGGGUCGAGUUAAUUCCACCCGAUGAGGAGAGUGAUUUCGAGGACGGCGCCAGUGGUGGUUCCGAAAAGGACGUGGACUUUACAGACCCCAGUCAUCAGGGGAGGAUUGAGCAGUGGAUAAAUACAUUGGACAGAUAG